GUAGCGCCAAAUUUCUAAUCUUCCUGUGUCUGUGUACAGUGUUGGUAGCACUGAGGGUUGCCUUUUGUGGUUCUUUACGUCAAAAACAAUUUACAACACAUUAAAAGGAUAAUUAUGUCGCGAACACCGAAAAGAACAUACCCCAGCUCUGACGAUAACUUCGAGAAAAGAAUUAAGCGGAUUUCCAUUGAGGGAAAUAUUGCCGCUGGCAAGUCUACCUUUGUGCGCCUUUUGGAUGACCGAAAUGGGGACUGGGAAGUCGUGCCAGAGCCCAUCGCAAGGUGGUGCAAUGUACAAACCAACCAAAACGAUUUUGAGGAGCUGACCACUUCUCAGAAGAGUGGAGGAAACGUUCUCCAGAUGAUGUAUGAGAAGCCCGAACGCUGGGCCUACACCUUUCAGAGCUACGCUUGCAUGAGCCGGAUCCGGUCCCAGAUCAAGUCCAACAACGGGAAGCUGAAAGAGGCGGAGAACCCUGUGCAAUUCUUUGAGCGUUCUGUCUACAGUGACCGGUACAUUUUUGCUGCUAACCUGUAUGAAAGCGAGUGUGUCAAUGAGACUGAGUGGGCCAUAUACCAGGACUGGCAUGGCUGGCUGCACCGACAGUUUGGCAAACACAUUGAACUCGAUGGCAUCAUCUACCUGCGGGCCAAGCCUGAGAUGUGCAUGGAGCGGCUGCGCCUGAGGGGGCGAGAGGAGGAGCAGUGUAUUCCACUGGAGUACUUGGAGAAACUACACUUCAAACAUGAGAGCUGGCUCCAACAUCGGAACCUCAGCAUGGAGUUUGAGUAUCUGAGUGAAAUCCCUAUACUUACUCUGGACGUGGAUGAAGAUUUUAAAGGAAACAAGGAAAAAUGCUCCAAUAUGAUUGAAAAGGUUGAAGAAUUCCUGAGCACUUUGUGAAGGAUUGUUCUGUAUCUGUUUGAUCAUGCCUGUUGAUGUGCAUGUAUGUAAAAAAUUGCCAGAGAUCCUCUUGUUUGAAGAUGCACCAUGACAGCUCCAGUUCGUAUGCACUUAAUAAUAUAUACAAUUAUUGACUUUAUGACAAACAUUUUUAAAAGGAAUUCCAUACUACAUGGGCAUUCAUCAUCCCAGCUUGUUUUCCAUUACACCUCAGUCUGUUA